UUGAUAAAUAUAUGCAUAAGAUUGAAGCGCAGAAGAUUUAUAUGCCUUCUAUAACUAGUGCUGAUUUAUGGGAAACCACAGGUCGGUUAGCAAAUUCUGAAAUUUUUACAUUAAAAGACAGACAUGAGAGGAUGUAUGUACUUGGUCCCACACAUGAAGAAUCUAUCACAGCACUCAUCGCAUCGCUAGCACCAUUGUCAUACAAAAUGUUUCCUAUCAGAUUAUACCAGAUAACCAGUAAAUUCAGAGACGAAAUUAAACCAAGGUUCGGCUUGCUGAGAGCACGAGAAUUUGUAAUGAAAGAUUUAUAUACAUUCGACAUUAGCAGAAAGGAUGCACUGGAAUCAUAUGAGUCUGUGAAUAAUACAUAUUUUGAGCUGUUUACGGAACUGAAUGUACCAUUUGUAAAAGUGGAAGCCGAUGGUGGCACAAUAGGCGGCAGUAUAUCCCACGAAUAUCACAUCUUGGCAGACGUCGGCGAAGAUAAAUUGCUGAAUUGCAUCAAUUGUGGUUUUCUUACCAAAUCCGAAGCCUUUGAUGCUGAAUUAGAUUGUCCUGGUUGCAAAACAAAUCUAUCCACGAAAAAAGGCAUAGAGAAUUUGUAG